AGACUGUGAAUCGAGGUCAAAGCGCCAGGCCUUCAUUGACCUUGCUUCAUCGGGGCAUGGCGAUAGGUCUUGAAGAUCCAAGAGCCAAACGCAUCAGAUGGUGAAGACAUGAUAUCGUCUAGGGCCGUCAGUCUCAGGCCGUCAGUCUCGAAGUUGUGGUCCGGUGAAGGGAAUUAAAGACAGCUUACUGGCGGGGUCAGGUGCAUAUGCAUGGCUGCAACCACCUCAUAGCAGCUGUGGUUCCUGCCACCGGUUUGGGCCAAAUUUGGUGACGUCCAGGAGGGAAUGACCUGGAUGGCAAGGAUGCAAAGUGCGUCGAUUUUGAGAAAUGGACUUCAAGCCGUUCCCUAGUUGUUGUGCAUUCCGCAUUCUUUGGCACACCCUCUGGUGCAUUGUAUGCGGGCGCCUGAUGAGUGCCAUGUUGAGCGGCUAGUCUGUGGCUGCACGUAACGCAUUCCGUUGGGAGGUCCCCGAGCAUGAGCCCCAUGCAGUCGCUAGGCCCCACUUGGGACCUCCAGGCGCCAGCCCCAGGCGUAUUAAAACGUCUGAGUUCCUUACCUAGUGAGAUGGACAACACUCGGUUGCUGAAGAUCAAGAGUAGCACGGGCGCAAAAGGGCCCUGCCUAAGGGAGGCCGACCGUGCCAGCUUAAAGGAAGCGGCGCCGUUGACGCAACAGGAUGAUGUCAGCGCCUCCUCCACUGGUAUCAGAGCCGUCGCUCUUCUCCAGAGCGACCACGCCCUCCAUGCUCUGACCACCACCGUAGGGCAAGAACUAGGCACUGCGCUGAUGCCAGCGGAGCGGCCCAAGGGCCCCGCUGACGUCGGCGAGGUCGUCGGCUAUGCUGAUCUCCUGCGGUCUCGGGGAAAGACAGCGGAAGCGAUGUCGCUCUACGACUGCGCCCUCGGGGCGGACCCGCGCUGCGCCCCGGCGCUCGUCGGGAAAGGCGCCUGUUUGCAGCAGCAGCAGCAGCCGCGCGCGGCGUUCGCGUGCUUCGUCGGGGCGCUCGCGCUGGACCCCCUGAACGUGCAAGCCCUGACGUGGUGCGGGUUGUUUUACACGGAGGAGGGGCACCUGAUGGAGGGGAUUGAAGCGUUCCGGAAGGCGCUGGUGCUGCAGCCGGACUUUGCGGAGGCAAAGGAGCACCUGGCGAUCGUGCUCACGGACCUAGGCACGCGGUUCAAGCUGGCGGGCAACGCGCAGGAGGGCAUCCAACGCUACUAUGAGGCAAUUGAGGUCAACCCGCGCUGUGCGCCCGCAUACUACAACUUGGGCGUUGUGUACUCUGAGAUGGGCCAGUACGCGCACGCGCUCAGCUUUUACGAGAAGGCGGCCCAGCUGCGGCCGCUUUACGCCGAGGCGCACUGCAACAUGGGCGUCAUCUACAAGGACCGGGGAGACUUGCUCGCGGCCAUUGCGUGCUACGAAAGGUGUCUAAUGGUCGCCCCCAACUUCACAAUCGCCCGCAACAACCUCGCCAUCGCGCUCACCGACCUGGGCACCAAGGUCAAACUGGACGGCAACCUGCAGCAGGGCAUCGCAUACUACAAGCGAGCGCUCGUGUACAACUCGCACUAUGCGGAUGCUAUGUAUAACCUGGGGGUGGCCUAUGGCGAGAUGCUCAACUUCGACAUGGCGAUCGUGAUGUACGAGCUGGCGCUGCACUUCAACCCGCAGUGCGCAGAGGCAUGCAACAACCUGGGUGUCAUCUACAAAGACCGCGACAACCUGGACCGCGCCGUCGAGUGCUACACCAUGGCGCUGCGCAUUAAGCCUAGCUUCUCCCAAUCGCUCAACAACCUGGGCGUAGUCUACACGGUGCAAGGCAAGAUGGACGCCGCGCUCACCAUGAUCCAGGCCGCCCUGGCCGCCAGCCCUAGUUACUCAGAAGCAUAUAAUAACCUGGGCGUGCUGCACCGGGAUGCGGGGAACAUCCCGGCCGCAAUCAAGGCGUACGAGCAGUGCCUCAGCCUAGACCCGGACUCGAGGAACGCGGGGCAGAACCGGCUCCUUGCCCUGAAUUACAUCCACGGGGGCGAAGACGACUCUCUGUUUGAAGCCCACAGAGACUGGGGCCGCCGGUUCAGCACCCUGUUCCCGAAGUUCGACACGUGGCCCAAUGAGAAGGACCCAGAGCGGCCGCUCGUGAUUGGCUACAUCUCCCCCGACUAUUUCACGCAUUCGGUGUCCUACUUCAUCGAGGCGCCGCUCACGCACCACGACCCGCAAAAGUACAAGGUCGUAAUCUACUCAGCAGUUGUAAAGGCGGACGCUAAGACCCUGCGUUUCCGGGAGGCGGUUGUGGCGCGCGGCGGAGUAUGGAAGGACGUAUACGGCGUGGAUGAGAAGCUGGUGGCGCAGGCGGUGCGCUCCGACGGGGUGGACAUUCUGGUGGAGCUCACGGGGCACACAGCCAACAACAAACUAGGCGUGGCAGCGUGCAAGCCUGCACCCGUGCAGGUAACUUGGAUCGGCUAUCCUAACACCACCGGACUCAGUACAGUCGACUACCGGAUAACGGACGAGCUUGCGGAUCCGUCCACCACAAAGCAACGGCACAUUGAGACCCCCCUCCGGCUGCCCCGCUGCUUCCUGUGCUACACCCCCUCCCUGGAGGCCGGCCCAGUCGCCCCCACCCCCGCGCUGUCCAACAACUUCGUCACCUUUGGGUCGUUCAACAACCUGGCCAAGAUCACCCCGCGCGUGCUCAAGCUGUGGGCGCGCAUCCUCAAGGCGCUGCCGGGCGCCCGCCUGGUGGUGAAGUGCAAGCCGUUUUCGUGCCGCUCCAUCAGCGAGCGGUUCAUGGCGUCCCUGGAGGCCGAGGGCGUGGACCCCGUGCGCGUCGACCUGCUGCCGCUCAUCCUGCUCAACCACGACCACAUGCAGAGCUACGCGCUGAUGGACAUCAGCCUCGACACGUUUCCGUACGCGGGAACUACGACCACGUGCGAAUCGCUCUACAUGGGCGUCCCUUGCGUGACCAUGGCGGGCGGCACGCACGCGCACAACGUCGGGGUCACGCUCCUCAAGCAGCUCGGCCUCGAGUGUCUCACCGCCCACUCUCCGGACGAGUACGUCACCACCGCCGUCCGGCUCGCGUCCGACAUCCCCCGCCUUGCCGCGAUGCGCGCCGGCAUGCGGGACCGCAUGCUCACCUCCCCCCUGUGCGACGGGCCCUCUUUCGUACGCGACUUGGAAUCCGCAUAUCGCAAAGUAUGGCGAAACUACUGCGCCGGGCGGCCGCCCUCCGGCGUCGGGGCGGAGAGUUCCGCGACGCCCACGGAUGGGGGGGAAGUUGUUGCCCCCAAGGAGACCCCCCCGCUGCCGCACAGCGGCAGCUCGGGGAGCUCGGCGGAGUCCCCGACGUCGUCGCUGUUUCUACGGACGGACGACUCGGGGGGGAGCUCCGGGGGAAGUUUGGAGGAGAUGGCGGAGGAAGCGGCGGGCCGGGGAAAGACGCUGAGCCGGCUUCGAAAUGCCUCUAGCUGAUUUUCGAGGGUCUCUGUCUGAGGAGAAUCAAUUGCGGUGGGUGUUGUGCGUGAGCGCCAGCCGAAAUUGCGUCGGAAUCGGGUAACACAUAACGACAAGGCGUUUGAGCUUGUCGGAGGGGGGGAGUCUGGCGCAAGAUCCCUCCGUCGCACAGUCAACUAACACGUAAAAUAGAGACUGACAUGAGCAGGGGGAGGGCUUCAGCGUCCGGGAUUUGAAGUGGGGAAGGCGCUGAGGGCGGGGUCUGGGUACGAAAGGUAUUUGUGUCUUCCAAGGCAGGCGUGCGAAAGCGGCUUGUCGAACAUCCAUACGCUCAGCAGACAUUUGACAGAUAAGAUUCUUGAUGAUUGGGUCGAUAACAACCUUAAGGUGCUUUUCAUGGCAGACGGUUUAAGGCUGUAGGAAACGCCAUUUCGACUUCCAUGUGACUCAAAGUACAUUGCAGUGCUUGUGGUACGGAGAUGUGCGUCGAGCUUUUCAUUUGCGGGUCAAGUAAAUUGGUUGACCACACGUGACACCAUUUCACUCAGCAUUGACCAAU